UGCAUGUUGGUAGUAAAACGUUCUAUGGCUUCAUGGCAGAGCCGCCAUGAUGGCUUUCUGUAUUCCACGCUUAACACACAAAGUUUCAAAUACGUUUUUCCGUAAUCGUGACUGAGUGCGUGCAAAUAAAAACAAUGGGAACACGCUGACGGUUGCGUACAUUUAUUUAGUGUCCGUCUUGGGCCGGCAACUAGCCGAAAAAGUGCAUUAUCGGGCUUGUUUUUUAGCCUGUCCGCCCGUGUGUUCAGUGCUGUCAACAACCAAAAUGUCCAAACUACAGUUUAGGGCGAGGGCCCUUGAUGCCAGCAAACCUAUGCCUAUUUAUAUGGCUGAGGAACUGCCCGAUCUCACCGAUUAUUCAGCAAUUAAUCGGGCAGUUCCUCAGAUGCCGUCUGGAAUGGAAAAAGAGGAAGAAUGCGAGCAUCAUCUUCAACGCGCUAUCUGUACGGGUCUCAUCAUCCCGACUCCAGAAGUGGCGAGUAUGGCUGAUGUUGAAGCGUAUGAUAAGAUCUACCCCGCUAACUAUAAGCAACCUCGACAGCUCAUUCACAUGCAACCAUUCACAAUGGAACAAGAAAUUCCUGACUAUGAUAUGGAUAGUGAGGAUGAAGCAUGGGUUGAAGAACAAGCUCGACGACUGGACGUGACUCCUCUCAAAUUUGAAUCCAUGAUGGAUCGUUUGGAGAAGUCAUCUGGUCAAACAGUAGUCACAUUGCACGAUGCUAAAGCUCUUCUAAAGGAAGAUGAUGAUCUCAUCAUUGCAAUUUUCGAUUAUUGGCUAAAUAAGAGGCUAAAAACGCAACAUCCUUUAAUUCUCGCUGUAAAAACCGAACAUCGUUUAGGAAGUGCUGCAAACAAUCCAUAUUUAGCAUUUCGAAGGCGUACAGAAAAAAUGCAAACACGUAAAAAUCGUAAGAAUGAUGAGACAUCAUAUGAAAAAAUGUUAAAAUUACGAAGAGAUUUAUCACGUGCCGUUACACUAUUGGAAAUGGUUAAACGUCGUGAAAAAACAAAACGAGAACAUCUGCAUUUAACAAUUGAAAUUGUUGAAAAACGGUAUCAAGCACAAGAUUUCAGUGGACAAUUAUUGGCUGAAGUAUCCGCAUUACGAACAUCAAGGCCUGCAUUUGCGCCUCUAUUUACAAAUCAAUUUACAAAUCAAAAUUGGGCAAAUAAAGCUACUAUCAAAGAUGAAAUCGUACCCCGUAAAGAAAAAAGACAGUAUAAAAAACGGAAACAUAAACCAACCACGUCUCAUACAAGUAGAAAUCUUUUAAACUCCUCUGGCUUAGAACCAAUAAUAUCUUCAGAUGAAGAUGAUGUGACUUCUAACGCGAUGCUGGCAUCUCCAGAGGAAUCUGAAACUGCUGAUCCUGACGAGGGUAGAUACACAUUUAGAAGAAAUAAACACUGUUCUUAUCAUAUGCCGAUUACAAACAAACUGGGAAAUUGGCCUUGGUGUUCACGGGAAGAAAAUGGUACAGCGGAUCAUCGAUAUCGGUUUGCAUUAACAUCAAUAAAGCAUCCAAAACCACGAUGCAUAGGUUUUGCACGGCGAAGGCUAGGACGAGGUGGUCGAGUAAUCUUAGAUCGAAUAUCUACACCUUACGACGAUCUUUGGCGAGAAAUGGAUUAUACAAUAAUUGAAACACCAUCAUUGCGGGAGCGUCUUGCAUUCGAAAAAUGUCAAAAGAAGUUAAAAGCACGAGUUGAAGAAACAUCAUCGUUGAAUAGUGUAGAUGAUACGGAAAUGCAGUAUAGUGUUGUAGGGCCACCAGUGAAAUCCUCAUAUUCCUUAGAUACAAAUAAAACAAUCAGUUCUGUUGUAAAUAAUUCAAGUGGUGUGACACCAGCACUUAGAAAUUUAUAUUCAGAACAUAAUUAUAACAGUACGACACCAACCGUUGUUGGUGGCUAUCCGCCGGAUGGAUAUCCAUCGAGUACGACGAGUAUAGUGAAAACUGAAUUAACAGAUAGUAAUGACAUUAAAAAUACGUCGGUGAAAGAAGAAUCGCAAUGUUGGACAACAAAUUGGACUUCAGAUGUAUCAAACGUAGUGAAACGUGAAUCGUACGAUGAUAUAUCGCCACAAUUGAUUAGUGAAAGACUUAGUGAAGUGACGACUAGUGUUGCACAUGUAAAUAGUAGUUUUAGUGAUACAAAUCAAUUAGACAAAGGUGUCAAUUCACAUGAGGAAGAUACAAAUUAUAUGUUGGAAGUUCUCAGUGAAAUUAAACGUGAUUGGUUACAUUUUCGACCGAAAACACCACCCGCAGAUUAUGAAAUACCUUGUAAUUUAUUACCCGCCAAAGAAGAUAUAUUUAAUCCAAAUGAAUUUACACCAAUUACAAUUGAAAUUGAAAAUUUAUCAUCGACACCGCCAUCGGCAUUAUGUGACACUUCAAAUUUCACGUCUGAAUUUACGCUUAACGAUAUAUACACAGAUUUAAGUUUAGAUUAUCAAUUACAACAGCAAGAACAGCAACAAAUCCAACAACAACAAGGGUUAGAACAAGACAAUGCAGAAGAUUUAGGUUUAAUUUUAAAUGAUAUUCGACAAAUAGUUACGUCGUCAUCGUCUUCAACGGACAUCAGUGAUAAUAAUAGCAGUUGUUUAUGUAGUACAAAUUAUUUAACAGAACACCAAGAUUCGAUGACAAAUUUUGGGUGCUCGCGUGUGUCUGUUAGAAGUAAUAGUGAUCGAGAGUGUGAACGGACAACAAACAGUGAUGUUUUAACAACGCGAAGUAGUGGUGAUGUGACAAAUUGUGGGAAUGGUUGUCCUGUGACUACUGCAGGUAACAAUAGUGUGCCAGUUACUUCGAUAUCUAGACGAAAUCUACAAUUGUUACAACAGAAUACUUCACAACAGCAGAGAACCACCACACAUCAGCAACAAGUAUUACGAACUCAGUCAAUUUUAUCAAGUACCUUGACUAGUCCAAAUAAAUAUAAUAACAACAGUAAUUUAAAUAGUAGUACGGGUUCAUCUGUUUCUGUAACAUCUACAAAUCAAAUACCAACAUUAGUUUUUGAUCGUGUCACUGGUAAUGUAUCGUCGCCAAGUAGUGUUAGUGUGGGAGUGGGAGCUGGUGUUCGAAUGAUUGGUACAUUAACGACGGCUGGUCUUGUGCGAGCAUCUCCUACAUCCGAACAUCAUUUGCAUACAAAUGGUCCAGUUAAUACACAUUUAGAAUCAUCAAUGAUUCGAAGAGUUAAUUAUAAGCCUAGUGCAGCAGACGAAAGUUUAGGCGAUCAUUCACGAAUUCAUCGAUUACAAAAUAACACUUCGAUGAAUUCUCAAGUGAGGCGAGCGCUACUUUCAUCUCAAACAAUAAAUACGCUUAAUAGUAAUAGUGCCAACGUAAUGGACUCAUCAUCAAUAUCUUCGUCACUUCCAAACGAAUCAACGUUAAUAAAUAGCGACAAUAGCAGUAGUGUAAAAAUGAAAUCGACAUUACACCAUUUAAAAACUGGCGGUGAUAACAAUAUAAUUACAACAGUGACACAACAAACAGGAGCAUCAACAGUGACAACCAGUGGCGGACAAUCUGGUGGUGGUACAACGAACAACAGUAGUAAACCACAGAUAGUUCGAAAAAAUAAUACACUUGCAAUGGAAGUAACAUGAUGUUACUUAACAAUUCUCUGUCGGGUGCAAAUCAUCGUAUGGUUUUUUCAUAUUGUUUUUAUUCAAUAUUAUGCGUAUAUUGUUCGCGACAGAGAAUCUUGUAUUUACUUGUUUGUCUGAUCUGUUGUAUGUCUCCUUUUCUCUCAAUAUGUGUUUUAAAUUGACUAAAACUAGAGAGAAAAGUAUACUGACACACACACGCACACAUAACUAUGAUCAUUGCUGGCGCUACAACAAAUACGCAACUAUAUGAGAAUAUGUAAUGUAAAAAUGCGCCUCAAAUAAUAUUGUAAUCCUGCAAAUAACUUGUGAAUUAUUAAAUUAUUAAUCACUUAUUUAAUGAUUUUUAAAGAUAAUUAUAUAACUAUACCAUUCAUUUCAUAGUGUAUGCAACAUAAUUACCUACCUAAAGGCAAAUUCAAUUUUAGGCGGAAAAUGCUUCCUUUAAACAUUUAUAGCCAGGUACCAAAAUGGAUUUCUUUGACCUCUAUGGAUUUCUAUGAGUUGAUAAUUUGGCUUGAUCUUCAUUUAGUUAGUGAUUUAGAACAGAAAACUGAAAGAAAAUUAAUAAAAAGCGUACGGUUUAGUCACUUCACCCGAAUUCUUUGAUCACUUUGAGAUGUAGCUUUUUUAUCAAUACGAAAUUUUAAUAAUUGAAAUGUCCGAUAUGUCCGUUCGCCAAUUUAUUCAAUAUCGUUUCAAUUUUGUAUUCUUACUCACUAAUAAUAUUGGUAUAAAUGGUUAAAAAAUUAAUGUGGUUAAAAGUUGUGGGAGAAUUGUAGUUUGAGUUCCAACAUGUGAUAAUUAUGGCGUUAAUAAUCGAAUAUAUUUCAAGAAGUCCCCAUUAUUCGAUUUAAUUAGGUUCCCCCCCCCCUAAAUUUUCUUAAAGGUACCUGUUCAUCUUCUAGCAAAAUACGGCUAGAGUAAAUUUUCUCUAGCCUCUAACUCUGCACUUAAGAGCUUCGUUGAAAGAAUUAACGAUUUCUAUGAAAAAUUGUCAGUAUGACAUUGUUCUUUGUGACUUUAUUGCCGUUUUAAUUUAUCCUAUCACAACACAAAAGGUUGCUGCUGUAAUGUUGUGUACAUUCUGUGUCUUAAAAAAUGCACAUGUAUUGCCAUUCUAAGUGUUACAAGUAUAACAUUAUAUGUGAAUUACGUGUAAUGUUAUAACACUCAAAAUAAUUUAAGUUUUGCGUUUAAUUUGACAUACAGUAUACAUCCUAGGUACUUAUAGCUUCAGAGUACAGGUAACUUAAGAUAAGAAGAAGUUAACUUUAAGAAACGGCUCCUAAAAGAAGACAUUAGCUACAAAAAAAAUAUUAAUAAGCCUAAAAACUAACUUCAGUUGAAACUCGUUUUUCAG